ACAAGCCCAGAGGUGGUGGUGACCGUGGUGGUGAGGAAGGGUGGUGGUGGUGGUGGUGGUAGUGGUGGUGGUGGUUUCUUGGUGAGGCAUAACGAAAGUCUGUCUCUUUUUGAUUCUCUCUCUCUCUCUCUCUCUCUCUCUCUCUCUCUCUCCUCUCUCUCUCUCUCUCUCUCUCUCUCUCUCUCUCUCUCUCUCUCUCUCUCUCUCUCCCUCUGCCUCAAGUUAUGUUUCCAUCUUCUUGAGCUGCUAAAUUUUGUUUCUGUUUAUCUAUAAUUUCUUUUUUUUCUUUUCUUUCUUACAUUUUUCUUGUUCCAUUUCAUUUUUCAGAGACAUUGUUGUAAGUUUAGUCUUUUCUCUCUUUUUCUCAUAAAGUCAUUUUGAGGUUCCUUUUUUUAUGUUGCAUGUGGGUGUGCGGUUGUGGUGAGUGGUGUGUGACGUGGUGUGUGGUGGUGACGUGUGCGAGUGGUGUGUAAUGGCGUGGUGGUGGCGUGUGUUGGAUGACGUGAUGAUGAUGGUGUGUGGUAGUGUGUGGUAUGUGUUGGUGGUGAUGGUGAUGAUGGUGAUGAGUGCUGGGAAUAUAGUGAUAUGUGGUGGUGUAUGGAUCGGGUAGAUGUACGGUGGUGUGUGGUGAUGUGAGGUGGUGUGGUGUUAACAUAUGUGGCUGGGUAAGAGAAUGUGGGAAAGUGUAGUGAAAUGAUGUGUGGUGGUGUGUUAUGAGCCGUGAUGAGUGGUGAUGCAAUAGUAUGUAGCAAUGUACUGUAAGGGGUGGUGAUGCGAUGGUGUGUGAUGGAGACUGGUAGUGAUGAUGAUAAGUGUAAUGGUGUGUGGUGAUUGGUGUGUGAAAGUUUGUCACUUGUAUAGUGUAGUGAAUGCUGUCUGUCUGUCUGUCUGUCCAAGCAGCUCAUAUAUAAACAGGUGAGCAUCAUCAUUCAUCACAUUAUCUUCUGUUGUCUCUGUUCUCUCUUUACUUCACCUCUACUUAUAUUUUCCUCUUUAUUCAUGACCUCUUAUUUAGGACGACCAGCCUUCACUCGUGUUGGCUCAUGUGUGUGUGUGUGUGUGUUACUUACGUACACGUCAGCAGACUGUGUGUGUGUGUGUGUGUGUGUGUGUGGUCAUCAGGUGUAGGUGUGGCUAAGGUAUGACAGUGUACAGGUAUGGCUAAGGUGUGGCAGUGCACAGAUGUGGCUAAGGUGUGGCAGUGAACAGGUGUGGCAGUGUACAGGUGUGGUAGUGCACAAGUGUGGCAGUGCACAGGUGUGGCGGUAUACAGGUGUGGCAGUGCACAGGUGUGGCUAGGGUGUGGAAGUGUACAGGUGUGGCUAAGGUGUGGCAGUGUACAGGUGUGGCAGUGUACAUGUGUGGUAGUGCACAAGUGUGACAGUGCACAGGUGUGGCAGUGUACAGGUGUGGCAAUGUACAGGUGUGGCAGUGUACAGGUGUGGCAGUGUACAGGUGUGGCUAAGGUGUGGCAGUGUACAGGUGUGGCAGUGUACAUGUGUGGUAGUGUACAGAUGUUGCUGUGUUCACGUGUUGCAGUGUACAGGUGUGGCAGUGUACAGGUGUGGCAAUGCACUGGAGUGGCAGUGUACAGAUGUGGCUGUGUACAGGUGUGGCAGUUUGCAGGCGUGGCAGUGUACAGGUGUGGCAGUGUUCAGGUGUGGCAGUGUUCAGAAGUGGCAGUUUACAGGUGUGGCAGUGUACAUGUGUGGCAGUGUACAGGUGUGGUAAUGUACAGGUGUGGCAGUGUACAGGUGUGGCAGUGUACAGGUGUGGCAGUGUACAGGCGUGGCAGUGUACAGGUGUGGCAGUGUGCAGGCGUGGCAGUGCACAGGCGUGGCAGUGUUUAGGCGUGGCAUUGUACAGGUGUGGCUAAGGUGUGGCAGUGUUCAGGUGUGGCAGUGUACAGGUGUGGCUAAGGUGUGGCAGUGUUCAGGUGUGGCAUUGUAUAGGUGUAGCAGUGUACAGGUGUGGCAGUGUUCAGGUGUGGCAGUGUAUAGGUGUGGCAGUGUACAGGUGUGGCAAAAGUGCGGCAUGUUUACGGGUGUGGCUAAGGUGUGGCAGUGUACAGGUGUGGCAGUGUUUAGACGUGGCAGUGUACAAGUGUGGCUAAGGUGUGGCAGUGUAUAUGUGUGGCAGUGUUCAGGUGUGGCAGUGUACAGGUGUGGCAGUGUUUAGACGUGGCAGUGUACAGGUGUGGCUAAGGUGUGGCAGUGUAUAUGUGUGGCAGUGUUCAGGUGUGGCAGUGUACAGGUGUGGGUGGUGAGCCUGAGUGGGAGUCGCUGGCGUCACCUUUGCUCUCUGAACUCUGAGGUGUUGCGUCUUGAAGGUGGAAACAUAACAGGUAGGCGCGAGGAGGCUACUCUAUCAGUGAGGGACUGAAUGUGGUGGGGGUGAUAACAACAACAACGACAACAACAUGAUGGGCCUGGCCUGCAAUAGAGUCCUUGCAACAAUUAUGGUCUCAUUCCUUGAAUCAGAAUAUUGUUAAUGGCUUUAAGUUCUCUUUUUUAUAAAAUUUUAGCUAUUUACAUCUUUAAAGUUCAAUCAGAGGUUAGAGGGCGUUCUCCUGUUUAGAGGGUGAGUGGCGGCGGCUGCCUCACCGCCUGAAGCUGUUACCUUUCCACCUUCGUCUGGGACUACUGACACAACACCUCUGCUUCCCAGUCAGACUAGAGAGCUAAGCGGCGCCGGUGUGGCUUUAGGUCAUGCACAGGAGGAAGUUUACAGUGUGUGUGUGUGUGGCGCGGUGGGGGCGAGGGGAGGGGGGCACCUCCCCCGCCACACUCAGACCAUUCAGUCAGUGGUGGAAGGAAAAACCCAAAAAUGAAUUUCAUUGUGGCGUAUAUUUCCUAUAAAAAUAUUCCAGAAUUACAUUAGGAACGUUGACAGCGCGUAUAAAAAUAGUUAGCACUAUAAGCAAAAAAAUAAAGCUUUAGCAUUGCAAAAAAAAAGAAUAAAUAAACAUAAUAAGCGUAGCGGGUGACUAGAACCCAAUGUGAGCGGCACGUGAAGGGCGACGCCCCGUGUGGCCGACGGGUGCUCAGGGAGGGGUUAGGCUCCCCUUGAGAUCAGCGAGACUCGGUCGCCACCCACCAGGUUAGUGAGCGUAGCGAGAAGCACUGAAUCGUGUUCGUUCCUCCCGAGGCAGGCGGCGCGGCGCCCCCGUGUGAGGCCCGCGGGGUGACGCAGCCGCAGCCGCGUUCCCCGCGGUCCGAACGGAAUGGGCGCCGCCACCGCUCCUCAGGAGUCGUUUCGGAAAUAAGCGUCAACAGCAGUAAAGAGGCGAGUUCGAAGCCAUUAGCAGCGAGGUGAAGCGAGCAGCGUGAGGCGUGAGGCGUGGUGCGCGAGGCGUCUGGACGAGAGCUGGAGGCGGAGAGCGUGUCUGCCAAUAACCUUUGAUUUAUUCAGGCUUCGAACUUUAUGAUCCUAAUAGUGUGUUAUUUUUUUAUGGUGUUAAUUUUAUCCUGUGGUGCGCUGGAGUUGCCGUGGCGCUGGAGACAGUGAAGGACAGUGACAGACAGUGAUGCCUGAGUGAGGCUCAGGAGAGAGAGAGAGCAAUGAAUUUUGAUGUAGGUCUCCAUGGCGACGGCAGUCAUCCGGCCACUACCUAUGAUCCUUGUGCUAAUGGUUGAGCUCUACGCUUUGAGUUUCAUGACUGGAUAUUGAGGCGUAGGAGAGCGAUUACUCCUUU